UGCGAUGCUAUUAUAAUGACUAGCCCUAGACGUUCCAAAAAGAGUGGAGCGCAGUGUGCUGUGCAAAUAUUAGACUGGGAUUCACCGUCGACGGACACGGGAACAGUGAAAAGAAGAAGAUCAUCAUGCCCUGAGAAUUCAGGGAAACACACGGUCUCCGUACAUGACGCUAUAUUUGAAGUACAAACGCCGUCAGACUCUGGCAGCGGUACUUCACGAAGUAUAGACGACAAUGAUAAAUCAGAUUCACUCACAGAAGUUGAAGAAAGAAUCUCCUGCAUAAUCAAUGAGAAUAGAUCCUCUAAGAGUAAUUCUGAAUCCAGUGACGCAGAUAUCAUCAUAGAUAAUAUUUUAGGAAAUCCCAAUGAGAAUCUAUUUGAACAACAUGACUCUCUUUUAUCGAACCGUAGCAAAACUUUUAUUAAAAAAGAUACACCCUGUGUUAAUGAGAAACAUGAUACUGUGUCUGACGAGGUUCAACAAGAUAAAAAAGUUCGAGAUAAACGACUUAAGACACCAGCUCCAAUAAAAAAGUUAAAUAAAACAUUCGAUAAAAGUAAAAAUAGUUUAAGACUAGCCAAAGAACCUCCAAAACCUCAGGAAAAAGCAAGUGUGUUACCAGUUUACAAAAGUACUGUACAAGGAAGUAUAGAUUUAAAUUCUAGUCAAAAGAAAAAAGUUAGCACUAAAUUAAAGUUACCAUUCGCCCCUGUAAGAACAAUGGAAAAAUCAAAAAUGAAUUUCUUUCAAAACAAACCCAAUUUACAAGGAACUAAACCUUCACCGUUGUUAUCGUCACCAGUUAGAAGGACCAUGUCAAAUGAAUACGUCCGAUUGAAAUUUAAUAAUGAUACAGUGGUUAGACGGACUAUUAACGGUAAAUCAGUCCCAAAGAUAACUCCAAAGAUACAGUCAAUUAUACCUGAAAGUCCCAUAGAUAGUGAAGAUCCCUUUCUAAAUCUUAGUCCAAAUAAAAAAUACACAGUGACAGUGAAUAAUAAAGUGCGCUGUGACAAGGACAACUACGUUAUUUUCGAUCCGAACACAGGCUUCGCCCCGGACGGGUCUAGACAGUCGCGAAUCCCUUUGAAGUCGCCUACAGGUGAAAAAUCUCGGAUCCCCCUUAAAUCUCCAUGUGGUGAAAACUCCGGUCUAGUGCGGAAAUCGGCUAACGUUAGUGACACAGACAGUGGUAUACUCUCGCCGAAUUCUCCAGUAGAGACGAGUGAAAAGGGAUCUGCAUACUACGUCAAUGCAGCGGCGUUCAGUGAGUCGGCGAAGAAGUUUGCAAGUGACGUGGAUAUUACUAUCCUCGACCCAGGUCUGGCGAAGAAGGCUGCAGAACAAAUAAAGAUCUACACGGACUGGGCGAACCAUUACCUGGAGCGGGCGCGGUCUCGGCGCCGAGCGGGUGCGUCUGGUGGCGGGCUGGCGCGGGACUGCGCCGACGGCCUGCUGCUGGCUGACGUGCUGGAGGGAGUCACCGGCCUCAAGGUGCACCGCGCGCAUCGCAAGCCCAGGAACCCGCAACAAAUGUUGGAGAACGUCCAAUGCUGUUUGGACUUCCUUCACGCUCAAAAAGUCCAAGGAUUAGAACAAGUAACUGCUGUCGACAUUCGUGAUGCAAAAUUAAAAGCAGUAUUAGCACUGUUUUUCGCGCUAAGUAGACAUAAACAAGCCACCAAACAAAGGACAACGCCAUCUAGUGGAAAUGCGACAAACAUCGGGAAGAACUCAAGCGAAGAUGUUUCUCUAAGUGCAGUCCAGCGCAUAACAGGUGGCAGCAGUUGCGAUGAAAUUUUAACAGCGUGCACAAAUAACGUCGAUAUGACGACGUUAACAGCUAAUAGGCAAGUGUCGGUGUUGCAGACGUCGAUCCCGCUGCCGGCGUCCGCCGCGGCCGCGCGACGUGCCCCGCCCGACAAACGACCGCUGCCCGCCACUCCGUCGCACACAGGUGGUAAAAGCGGAUUGUCGGCUAGUUCCAGUCGCUCUACUAGCCCUCUGGGACAAGGAGCUGUCAGUUUUAUACCGCGAGCGCCUACUUCUUCAUCCGGAUCACGUCCUAAUUCCUCGUUGCUAGCCCCUGGUAGUAAAAUCCCAUCAACAUUAAUUUCGCAACCACAACAUCAGCAAACUCCAUCCAGUCACAAUGGGACACCAACAAAGCAUUCCAUGCUUGAUAAGUUAAAACUUUUUAACAAAGACAAAAUAAGUAAUGAGAAGCAAAGCAGCAAGAGUACAGCUGUGUCAAAACGUACUAGUUCGUCCAGUGGUUUCUCUUCAGCCAAAAGCGAGAGAUCCGACUCAAGCUUAAGCCUCAAUGAGUCUUCUAAUACUCCCAACUCACAUAUCAAAUCUACAAACUUAGUAGGACCCAAAAGUAUACGGCAACAAAGCGAUACAUUAUCAAAAGACAAGUCUGGUAAAAAUGUAAAACCUAAGUUAGUUAGUUCCAAAUCCCCUAAAGAAACUUCUACCGGUUUCAAUAAAAACAGCAGUAAAACAAGUAAUAGUGAUAAAUCAAGGAACAGUCCCAAACUUCCUGCUCGUGACAAGGAAUCUAAACUGGCUGCUCCUAAAUCUAUAAGUAAUACUAAAUUGAAUCAGAUCGAUGACCAUUCAAGAAACUCUAACUCAAAAAUGGUGAAACUGUCUGGCAGUCAAAUGAGGCUCAGUGAAAAACGAAGUGAUAGUACACCAGAUGUUAAACACCAUCAAAAUCAUGAAAAUGCAUCUCCACCAUCAAAAAGUCAUGGAAAUCAGAAUCAAGCAGCUUCUGCCCAAAAUUUUGGACAGCAAAACCAUACUGGGAUUCCAAAACCAACAGCUGCUGUGAAAGGAACGUUCAAAAUAUCGAAAGAUGAUAGACAUGUAAUUAAUAAAAGUACAAAUAGUCAAUUAAGCCCUAUACAAAGCAAUUCUAGUUUAAAUUCUACAAAUAACGUAAGUGCACUUCCAUUCGGUAGAGAACAAUCUAAUUUAAGUAAAGAUAUAACACAAAAGCAGACGUUGGCUGUAUCUCCAAUGCCAGUGGUUAAUACAGGAAUACAUACUCACAUAUCACAAAUGUCUGAAAGUUCUCAUUCUAAUUCCACUCACAGUACCACAGGGCAACAUUCUAAUUCGAGUGAUAGUAGCGUAAUAUACCGUCCUUCCAGUGAAUCUGGAUCAGAAAUAUCUAAAACUGCUACUCAUUCUGGCAACGCCAAUAAAAGGAUAGACAUGAACACGACAUAUAUUAAUGAAGUGAUCAAUGAAGCGGAAAUCUCGGAAAAGGAAGCAGCUCAGAGAAGACCAUUGGACAAGUCUGUUCCUAAACCGACGUUUGAUCACAAUAGAACUUUGACGGAGUUAAAUAAGAGAAUGGAGAAUGACAGUCGUUCCAGCACGCCGUCACAUUGUCGUGACAAUUCUCUCGGGGACGAUGAAAAUCCAUUAAUGAAUGUGAUGCCCAUGCGGCCCCUUUUACGAGGCUAUAACAGUCACUUGACAUUGCCAAUGAGGACUUCAGGAUUGACCCAGAAGAAUAUUCCGGGCUAUCCUCAUCAUGCCAACACAGUGAAAGCUAACUUUGGCCGAGAAAAUAUGGGAUUGCGUGACCGCAUAAAUUACGGGCCUGGGUUUUCGAACCCAGAUUAUUGUGAUCUUGAAAUCGCUUCGGGUUAUAUGUCAGACGGUGAUUGUUUGCGACGCAUAAAUAUUAAUGAAAUGGAUUGUGGGCGCAAUAACGACAUCAUGGAUGGCUAUAUGUCUGAAGGUGGAGCUUCCCUGUAUGGCCGUCGACUGAACUACCAGCAGCCGUCGCAGUUACAGCAGUUGGACGAAAGACGCGGCCGCAAUAGAGGUAUGGAAGGUGGCAGUGGAGUGGUAUACCGCGUGGUGGGGCGCACGCGCAGCAAGGCGGACUGCGGCCAGCAGACCGAGAGGCAACCGCCCGCGCCGCGGCAGGACACCACAUGGAAGAAGUAUACCGACUCACCAGGAGUCGGAACACCACCAAUGAAUCAGCCAGCACCAGCCCCGCCGAGUCCUUCCCACGGUCGGAAAGGCGAGCGGCGCGCUGGUCACCACUCUCCGCAGCACCACAAGCGAGAGAAACUUACUGCGGCCCAACAGCUUGGCAUCGCACCACACCCGCAGUAUCCACCACCGAAUUCGUCUGGCCAACAUCCGUCGAGGAGCGGAGGGUCACAGCUCCAGUCGCCUAGUGGUGGAUCAUCGCGUCCAUCGAGCGUGUCAAGCGGAGGAAAUGGCAGCACCUGUUCAUCUGGCAAAGCGAAGGUCCCACAAAGCUUCGGUUAUGUGAAAAGGCAGAAUGGGGUGCAACAACCAGCACCUCAGUCUAAUGGACCGCCACAACAUGGUGGCAGAACCGCUCAAGUUUCCGCUGUGCCAAGAACGAAAGUAAAAGUGUCCGGAGGUACACAAACUUGCACGCAAGAUCUACAAAUACACAAAAAUGGAAUCGGUCCGAAAUCAUUUUCUCUGGGUGGAACAGCGGCGGCACAGCUGUCGGCGUCGGUGCGAGAGAGGCUUCUUGGAUCACAGUCCUUACCGAAGCCUGGGACGCACGAGUUUGCUGCCCUCUUCCACCAUCAUAGGGUUGCACCUAGGGGUGGUAUUAAAAUCAGUGACGGCAGUCUUUCUGAUACCCAAACGUAUUCUGAAGUAAAGUCUGACUACGGGAUCCCCUAUGCGCCUUGGCUAAGACACAGCAAUACAUAUUCGGCGAGUGGUCGCCUAUCUGAAGGCGAGUCGAUGGAGUCGCUCACGUCGCUGCAUUCAGCGCAGGCGCACAACCACACCUCCUCCCCUAACUCACACCACCGCAGCUCACUCACACACAAUAAGCUCAUCAUGCACCGAGACGCACAGGGCUCCCGGUUAAACAGGAGCAACAGUAUUAGGUCAACAAAGUCAGAGAAGUUGUAUCCAUCAAUGUUGCAACGGUCAUCAGAGAGUGAUUACGAGCCAUAUUAUUGUUUACCUGUGCAGUAUGGACCAGCCGGACAAGGUCUAAACUAUGGCGUCUCGGAGCCACCAUCGCCGUCUCCAAGAUCAGCACUAAGCCCCACGCACCAGCCUGGCAAUGUGAUGCAUACGCCCAGGCAUUCCCAUCACUAUCCUAAGAAAAAUGAUGACGUGCACGGUUCCACUGCAUCCCUCGUAUCGACGGCGUCAUCGCUUGCUGCUGGUGCUGGGUCGGAAGAAAGGCAGGCGCACGAGGUAAUUGGUGUCCGGAAAUUGAGAAGAGAACUCGCCGAUGCUAAAGAAAAAGUACACACACUGACAACACAGCUGACAACUAAUGCGCACGUGGUGUCUGCUUUCGAGCAAAGCCUGUCCAACAUGACGCAGCGACUGCAGCAGCUCACCGCGACCGCCGAGAGAAAGGAUUCUGAGCUAACGGAGUUACGUCAAACGAUCGAGCUGCUAAGGAAGCAAUCAAUUCAGGCGGGUCUUACGACAGCCCACAUGCAGUCCAUGGGUAUUCGGGCAGACGGUGUUAAUGUCACCGGACCGGAGCCGGGCAGUCAAACGCAGUCGUCUCCGCAGCGAACAGCUCAUACCGGUAACGGUGCGAUCACGAGGCACCUCUCUACAGACAGCGUCUCCAGUAUCAACAGCCUCAGCAGCGGCUCCUCUGCUCCCCAUGAUAAGAAACAUAAAAAGAAGGGAUGGCUCCGCUCAUCGUUCACGAAAGCUUUCUCGCGGAACGCCAAGAUAUCAAAGACAGCGAAGCAUUCUUCCCUCGGGCAACUGUCGUCGCAAGACAGCUCGUCGGGAUCCCAUCACUACGACGACCCGCACACGAUCCGCGAGGGAAGCAACGAGAACAGUCUCGAGCACUCGCACGAGACGCUCGACGUUAAGGACAAGCCGUGCCCGCCGGCCAAGACGGAAGACCAGACCAAAGAUAAACCAGAUGAUUCUGGUUUAGUUGAUGAGUUGAAGAGGCAAUUACGAGAAAAGGAUUUGGUGCUAACAGAUAUCCGGUUAGAGGCUUUAAGCUCAGCCCAUCAACUUGAAAGUCUUAAAGACACCGUCAUAAAAAUGAGGGUACACUUCCAGAACGAGAUGUUGAACCUAAAACAGAACAAUGAGCGUUUACAACGGUUGGUGACGUCACGCUCCUUGGCGGGCAGUCAGAGCUCGCUGGGGACCGGCGGGUCGGCUGUCGAAGACCCGAGACGGUUUAGUCUCGCCGACCAGGCUACCAUGCAUCAGGCGACACUAGACAUGCAUUCACAACCUUUAGACCUAGACUUCAACUGUAUGUCGUCGACCCCAACCAUGGAUUUCUCCAAAAAAGGCUCGCCUAAAUCUAGCUUGGGCGAGCCCAUAUACGGCAAUAAGGCCGCAUGCGAGCUUAAUGAAAACAGCGAGACGCUAUUAGGGGCACUGAAUGGCAGCAGUGAUUUAUUCGCGAACGGACUCAAUACAACCGAUCGACUGAGUGGCGACUACGACAUAAACAGCGUGUUGCCCCCGCCGAAGAGCCGAGAACUCGCGAUAGGGGAAAGCUAUUCUGAUAUCGGUGUUGCCGAUAGUCAAGGAGACACGACUGACGGGAAAAAGAUAGCUAUAGCAGUAUAUUUAGGACAACCUGAGACAUUCCAAAGAUAUUUUGAAGAAGUUCAGGAUACGCUUACAGAGUCUGAAUGCAGAUUCUACGCUAAGCAAUCGGCGAGCGCGUACAACAACCAUUUCGAGAAGCAAUCCAGUUUCGACUCGCCGCGGCUAUCGCAAAACCGAAGCCCCGAAACCGAGACACAAGACUACACACAAAUAAAUAAGUCAAACACGAAUAGCCUUAAAAGCAAUAAAUCUACGCACAGUAAUUCAUAUAAGAAUGUUUAUAAUAGUGAUUCGACAAUAAACUGUAAUGAAUUCACCAUAGCUUACACUUAUAUUUCUGGCAAGACUACUUGGCAGAACUUAGAUUAUAUAGUUAGGAAGACUUUUAAAGAUUACUUGUCUAGAAUAGACUUGGGAACGAAUCUCGGUUUGAACACUGAUUCAAUAACAUCGUAUCACUUAGGGGAAGCAACGCGGGGUCCUGAAAUAGGUUUCCCUGAGUUAUUACCUUGUGGUUACAUUAUUGGCACUGUCAAUACGCUGUACAUCUGCCUGGAAGGAGUCGGAAGCUUGGCGUUCGAUAGUCUUAUACCAAAAAAUAUUGUAUAUAGAUACGUUUCCCUGCUAUCGGAACACCGGCGUAUAAUUCUGUGCGGACCGAGCGGCACCGGCAAGUCGUACCUGGCAGCAAAACUAGCUGAGUUCUAUGUUCAGAAAACGCAACGUAGAGGAAACCCUGCGGAAGCCGUCGCGACCUUCAACGUGGACCGCAAGUCAUGCAACGAGCUGCGCGCGUACCUGGCGAACAUCGCGGAGCAGUGCGGCGCGGCGGCGGCGGGCGAGGAGGCGGCGCUGCCCUCCGUCGUCAUCCUCGACAACCUGCAGCACGCCUCCGCGCUCGGGGACGCCUUCGCCGGCCUGCUGCCGCCCGACAACAGGAACAUGCCCGUCAUCAUCGGUACAAUGUCCCAAGCUACGUGCAACACAACGAACUUGCAGCUCCAUCACAACUUCAGGUGGCUGCUCACAGCCAACCACAUGGAGCCCGUCAAGGGAUUCUUAGCUAGGUACCUCCGACGCAAGCUGUUCACGCUGGAGCUGCGUCUGGGGCGGCGCGAGCCCGCGCUGGCGGCGGUGCUGGAGUGGCUCCCGGGCGUGUGGGCCGCGCUCAACGCCUUCCUCGAGGCGCACUCCUCCAGCGACGUCACCGUCGGACCCAGGCUCUUCCUCGCCUGCCCCAUGGACUUGGAGGCUAGUCAGGCGUGGUUCGCUGACGUAUGGAACUACAGCAUCGUGCCGUACGCGUCGGAGGCGGUCCGCGAGGGCAUCGCGCUGUACGGCCGCCGCCGACACGCUGCCGUCGACCCGCUGCAGCAUAUCAAGUCCUCGUAUCCCUGGAGGGAACCCAAUCAUUCGCAUACUCUAAGAGCAAUAACAGUGGAGGAUAUCGGGAUUGAAGAAUCAAAUCAAGAUUCUAAUACAAACAACAAUCAGGAUCCUUUGCUGAACAUGCUGAUGCGACUCCAAGAAGCGGCGAACUACAGCGGAAACCAAAGUCAGGACUCUGACAACGCAAGCAUGGACUCGAAUCUCACUCACGACAGCUCUAUGGGCAACGAGCUUUAAUAGUGACACGUCCCGACUGUGUUGUGACGUCAUUAUACACUAGGAUUUUAUACGACCCGCUGGUAUUCUGUGAUAUUGCUCUUCAACACUACGUAUUGUGGUUGAAAUAAGGUAAUACCGGCAGUAAUUCCAUGCAGUGAAGGUGUGAACUAAACUGACGUUCCUUACAUGUGGAUUAUAUGAUAUAUAAAGCCAAAUAUUUGCCAUAUGUACAUUAUUGAUAUUUAUUUUUACUUAUUCUAAGUGUUAAUUUAGUUGCAAUUCUUUAUUAUUUCUAGUUGAUUUUUUUUUUGUAUAAUUUAUCGCAAAAUUAUAAUACUUAGCGAUAUUUAUGUUUUCAUAUAAUUUUUCGAAAGGAUUUUACUCUGCAAUAUUUGUGUAGACUAGCAAAUAUCUGGCAUGAGUCGUAGACCUUUCUGUACCUAAGUCUGUAUUCUUUUCUUUAACAUUCAAGAUUAAAAUAAUUGCCGCUCGUAAGUGAAUAAGAAAUCAAUAACAGUGCCUGGAGCGAUAAUUUUCCAUUUUUUAAGACGUAAUUACAAUAUUAGAAUUAUAACUGUUUAUAUGAAGCAUUGUCGCUUUUACUAUUGUUAUAUUUUUUCAAAGUUAGGAUACGGACCGCAUUUGUAUUACUGAAGCAUGUAUGUAAUAUAUGAAAGUGUAAUUUUUAUACCAUUUUCAUAUAAAAAUCAUGUACCUAAUAAACAUUUAAGUGUAAAUAUGUUUAAUAAUAUAUUUUUCAUUUUGUAUGCGAUUACACUAACCGCUAUCUAUUGUCAUAAACAGCGUUACUUUUGUAUAGAGAAGCGUAACAACUGUGUUACAGUGUUCGGUAUGGAUUGACUCGUGUGCAUAAAUGAAACGUGAUAUCUACAAUCUAUGCUUUACAGAAAAUGUGAAAUAAAAUUGAUUAUAAAAA